GAGGGGGCGGCCGUGGUUUAAGAGCGCGCCCGGCGGGCCCGGGGGAGGAGCCGCCGCCGCCGCCGCUCCCCCCGCGCGUCCCAGGUGUAACCGGAGCCGGGAGGGCGCGGCGCAGCCACCAGCACCUGCGGAACCUGUCGGGCGGCUCACAGCGCUCCGCCGCCGCCGCCGCGCACGCACCGCUCCCCCUGCGCCCGCGGCCCCCAGGACUUUCCCCGGCCUCUCCGCCGCCCGCCCCAGCCAUGAAGCCGCUCUGCGGGGCUGCGCUCCUGCUGCUGCUGCUCUGCCCUGCCGCCAGUGCCCAGAGCCCGUGCGCCUGCGAGAAGAACAAGCGUGUCACCAACUGCAGGACGGACGGCAGCGGCCAGUGUCGCUGCGAAGCCAUCGGCUCCGGAGUCACCGUGGACUGCUCCACCCUGACUUCAAAAUGCCUGCUGAUGAAAGCAGAAGUGAUGGGCUCCAAAUCGGGCCGUCGUGAGAAGCCAAAAGAUGCGAUUGAAGAUACCGACGGUCUCUACGAUCCUGACUGUGAAAACAGCGGCGCUUUCAAGGCGAAGCAGUGCAAUGGAACGACCUGUUGGUGUGUGAAUACGGCUGGAGUUAGGAGAACUGACAAACACGACGCAGACUUGAAGUGCAAUCAGUUAGUCAGAACGAUGUGGAUCAUCAUUGAAAUGAAACAUGCUGAGAGAAAUGCUCCUCUGAACGCUGAAUCUUUAAAGAAGUUUUUCAUGGAUACCAUUACCAGUCGUUACCAGCUGGAUGGCCGCUACAUAACCAGUGUUCUGUAUGAAAACCCUUACAUUACUAUUGAUUUGAAGCAAAAUUCCUCAGAAAAAUUAGUUGGAGAUGUGGAUAUAGCUGAUGUGGCCUACUACUUUGAGAAAGAUGUGAAAGGUCAGUCCAUCUUUCAUAAUAGUGCUGGGCUAAACGUCAGCAUUGACAACGAGCCGGUGAAGCUUGAGAAGACAGUGGUCUACUACAUCGAUGAAAUAGCACCGGAGUUUUCCAUGAAGUCUCUGACUCCCGGCCUCAUUGCUGUCAUUGUGGUGGUAGUAGUGGCAAUAGUGGCUGCAAUUGUUGUCCUGGUCCUGACAAGGAGGAGGAAAGGGAAGUACGUGAAAGCUGAGGUGAAGGAAAUGAACGAAAUGCAUAGAGGGCUGAAUGCCUAACUAAAUCAACUGAAGACAAGCCAGAUUCAAGCUAGAAGACAACAAAAACAUUGGAGGCAUGAAUCUUAACUCUUAAUUUCCUCCUGAAAGGGAGGCAAUUGUUCUCACUUAAUGAUUGUUAAAACUCUUAACAGCCAAGACCGGUAACUAUUCAACUACUUUUACUAUUUGUUGAGAGUUAAAUGCCCCGUCUUACUCAAGUAAAACUUAACUAUUGCUCCCUGAUUUUUUUUUUUUUUUAUGAUGAUGAAACGAGUUGACAACUGCUGUUACUAGGGUUGUGGAGCAUACAUGCCUGAAUGGUUAUUUUACCCUUGUGGGAGUUUUAUUGAAAGUAAUGAUUUUGUAGCCAUGUUGUAACGAGACUGUCUCCUGUGUAACUGAACACAACGUUUUUAUGGCAGUUUGUACAUAUUUGAAGAUGCUGUAACUUUUUUAUGACUUGAAUUAAUAAAACUUUGAAACAGGCUUCUAAUUCUUCCGUGGUGAAAUGAGAAUCUGCUAAGUUAUUGUGCUUACAAAUUUGUAGUUUGAUUCCUUCAAGCAAGGAACCUCAGCAUAGUUGAAAAUAUUCUAGAACUCCAAUUAGCAGUUUUUAUUAGCCAUCUAGUAUUUCAAUAGCAUGCUCUUUUUUCUUAAAGCUGUGAAAAGUAUUCAACGAGAGUGAAAUGGUAAUACACAGAUUGUUGUUUGAACAAAUCAACAGGCUAAGAAUGCAGUCAUUUCAGGAAUUCAGACUGAUCUUCCCAAUGCCAUGUAGGUAUUCAAAAUUAGCCUCUAACCUAGGACAUCUCUGGUGCAUGUUUGGGGGUGGGCAGGCCUGGCAUCUGAUGGUGGAGCUGGGGGAGAGCAGUUUACCCCAUUUCCUGUGAUUUUGUCUGUGGCAAAGCAGCUGCACAGCAAGGAGCUGUUUGUGCUGUUAUUCCUGAUCUCUGCCAUAGCUGUGGCCAGACUUCCAUAGGCUCCCAGCCUCCCAGGACAUGAGAGCUUGCUUUGGCUGUCAGUAACCUGUGCCAUGGAUGUUGGCUAGCAAUCCCUCCAGCAUAUCUGAUUUAUAAAGGAAAUGCUGUAACUCCUGUUGCCAAAGAAAUAAUGAGAUGCAAGAUAAGGAACUGAAUGACAAACCUUGUUAGUGAUGUGGUGCAUGUUCUGACCCACCCUGGCUAAAACAGGAAAAGUAGGAUAAGCUAACUGGGAGGAUAUUUUAUGUACUGUCCAUGAGAUUAAAUGUGAAGCUUGCCCCAUCAGUGUGCCUGCUAGAUAUCACAGGGACCUUGCUGAGCUGUGGUGGUGUCACCUCCACUGUCACAGCUCACCAGAAUCCCUUCUGCCUUUCAGCAGGGUGGCACCUCACAUGUAUGCAUGGUAUUGCACAAAAAUCCUGAAGUGGGGAAUUUACUGGAAUGUUUUGCAGCCUUUUCAGGCAGCUUUGUCAAUGAUAACUUCUGCAGGGCAGGCUCUCCCUCUGCUGAUCUGUGCCAUUCCCUUUCUCCCCAGGUAUGCAGGCAAUCUGCUGAGGUGUGAUGAAUUUUGUACAAUUCUGUAACCUGUUAACCAAAUAAAGCCAAGUUUUCAGUAAGGUGG